AUGUCAAAGUCAACUGCCUCGGGAUGGUUGACCCAAUCCCUCGCCGAGCUGAUCGGCACCGCCAUGUUCAUGUACAUCGCCGUCGGAGGCGCCGACGCCGUCACCAACGACAUUGGUGACAACAACGGCUACCUCGCCAAAGCCUUUGCCUUUGGUAUCGGUCUCGUCAUCACCGCUUGGGGGUUCUUCAGAAUUUCCGGGUCGCAUUUUAACCCGGCAGUGUCGUUCUCGAGUUUGAUCACAGGGCAUUUGACCGUGCCCAGGUUUGUGUUGUAUUUCGUGUCCCAAUUGUUAGGCGCAAUGUUGGGCGUUGCACUUGCUAAGGGUACUACUCCAUCGACGGAUAUGAUCACGCAAGUUAACUCUCUCAUGAACGGACAGUCGUUAGCCCGUGGAUUCUUCCUCGAGUUCUUUUUGACCGCUAUCCUGUGCUUCGUCUACCAUAUGGUCGUUCACGAGAAGAACCGUUCGACCUUUAUGUCGGCCCUCCCCUACGGUUUGGCUCUUUUUUCGUGCCACUUGUUUGCAGCCCGGUACACCAAUGCGGCCAUCAACCCUGCCCGUGCCUUUGCUACCUCUGUUGUUGCCCGUCACUUUACUAGAGACCACUGGAUCUACUGGCUCGGACCCCUGUUCGGAGCAAUUUUGGCGGCGGCGUUGCACAUCCUGUUCCGCUACUUUGACUAUGACCUGUACAACGCCGGCAUCGAUGCUGAGAACCAGGCCCAGUACGUCCGCGCCAAAGCCGCAGCCGCCGAGCACCUCGGUCACGGCCAACAGACCACCAAUGUCAACCGCGGCUCUAACGGUACUGCCGCCACUACUACCAACAACAGCAACAACAACGUCCGCCACUAA